CGAUAUUAAAAUUAAGUCGAUAAACUAAGUUUUUCGGCAAAGAACUAUCCUUUUUUCGAUUUCGAUUAACUUAGUUAUUUGUCGGCGAAGAACUAUUUUUUUUCCGGCUACGAUUAUUAGCCCGUGGUAAAAGGAAACCAGUGUAUAUCGACAAGCAACUUAUAUUAUCGCCUUUAUCAUGUUUAUGUGACAAAUGGUUCUUCGCUUCCGGAUCAAUGUCGAACGACUUCUGGGGAUUCCCCGCCGACAGUUGCUGUACAUGAUCAAAUAAAUUCCCAUGGAAUAUUAUAGUUGGUAUGUAAUUAUGGAGCCUUAUUGAUGUAGAGUAAACGCAUUUCUGCGACGACUGAACGCAGAAAUAACUACGAACUGGCUUAUUCGCCCAGGCAUACCAUAUCCAUGCUACAGUUCAAUAGUUCAUCGUGAAAGAACGAAGAUUUCAAGAAUGAUGGCUGUGCGGAGCAUUGCUGGUUUUAUUUUAGAGCUCUACGCUUUCAUCGCAUUUAUGACAGCAAUGAUCAUGGUGGUCACCACAGAGAAUGAUAUUCCUGUGGGUGAGGUACUCAUGGAUGACAGGCCUGUCAUUCUACGAGGAUAUGACGGAAUACUGCAAUGUCGAGUUAGAGGUGAACCAUUGGCUGUCUUCUGGGAAAAGGGACCAGAUUUGGCAUCAGCAACAGAACUAGUCUCGUGGCAUCCAUCUACGGGAGGAAUUCGUGUGUCUCCGUAUGGGAUCGGAAAGUACAACCUAACAGGAGACUUUUCCUUGGUGAUCCAUGACGUCGAGGAUGAUGACGCAGGACGGUAUAUAUGUAGACUAUCCGACUUCAGAGGUUAUGAACUCAGUAAUCACACUGUAGCCACAGUUAAAGUUCCACCCCAGGAACCCUUCCCAACAAUUGACCAAUGCCCAUCAGGAUCAACCGGAAGUAGAGCCAACUCGUGUACGUUGACAACCGAUAUAGGUGAUGACACGACAGAACUAACAUGUCAAGCACGGGGUGCGCCAAGAGACAUCGUCUCGCUAUCCUGGACCCUCAGAGGCAGAACUAUCUCCAACCAAGAACCAUACAGAUAUGCCAACCCUGACGGCGAGACAGAAAAUUUGAAAUUUACAAUUGAUGCAACGCCAAGCACUGAUCCGUACGUCUGCACUGCAGCCAUUCUGCCGGCAACCAUCCGAGGAAAUGCGACCGCCAGUGUCAUAGUGAAACCAGCACCAAUCACAACAACCACCGAAAUCGAAGUAACUACAAAUGCAACAGAUCUGUUCAUUGGAGAUCCUGGUAGUAGAUCUCUAGGGAAAGGUGCCAUCACCAUUAUUAUCGUAAUCACCUUACUCAUCACCACUAUAAUCAUCGUCUGCAUUUGGAGGAGAAGAAUAAAGAAUAAUUAUGCACCGUUAAAUGGAGACCCAGUUUCGUAUUUGGAGCUUUGGGAACUUGUCAGAAAGUGCGACCUUCUGGUCACGGAGAAGAUUGUUAACAGGUUGUUGGAUAAUCAUCAGACUUACUCAGCAUUCGACCUCGUUCCUUCUAGAGCUGAGUUCUAUUUUGAACUCUGUAGAUGGAAGGAGACAGGAACAGGAGAUUACAGUAUUCUCUCCAGAGCCAUAGAGGAAGUUGAGCCGAACGCCGAAAUAAAUAUGCAGGAUGUCCGUGAUCGUACGUCAAAGGAAAUCUCUCUUGAUGAUCUGGAACACAUUUGCUGGCACGUCCGCGGUUGCAGGGAGACAGUCAAGCCCAUACUGCGAGCAUUGUACCCUCGCCAUGAAGAAAUCCCAAACUGCAAAGAGAAUUCCUGCGAUCGUGGUAAACCAAGAAACGCCGAAAUCAAGAAUGACCUGCAGUUAAUGAAGGCAUGGAAGGAACAUUCAAUGACAACGAAACCUGGAUACCAGGAACCUAAGGAGGAUCACAAAGAAGGGGAAAGAGUACAGAUGAGACAACCAACUUCCAGAGGGAUUUGCUGCUGCCAUAAAGAACCUAAAUAUCGGCAUGGUGAUGACAAGAAUGAGCAACAGCCAAUGUUUUCUGCACAGUCCGAAGAGGUAGAGCUGGGAGUAGAAAGAUCGUCACCAAACCAAAUGAUUCAACUUUGCCUAGCGUUAGAAAGAGCAGGAAAGGGCGCACAUGGACCUGAUAAGGAAGUCUAUAUUCAACUGGCCAAAACUUUCUUUCGAAUUAAAGAUGAGUACAAGAGGGAAUUGGACAAUGAGGUCAUCAAGGAGUUUGCUCUGAGUAUCACCAAACAACACUACCAGAAUCUUGCAAAAGCCAAGAGAAUUUCAGCGGACUCCAUUGCCAAAAGAAAUGCUGAAGACCUCAAAGCGGUGUUCGAAACAGGCGUUAUGCUUGAAGGAUGGGUACAGGAGCAAAAAUGCAGUAAUUACGAAGUCAGGUGUAGACUGAGGCAAGCAGCAGAACGAUGCAAUCGUCAAGACAUUGCAGAUAUUUUCAUAACCAAAGAACAGAGCGAAUUAAUGGCACCAAUUACAACACACCAAGCUUCCGUGACAAUUACAAAUGAGCAAGGCAAGGGUGAUAGUGAAACAAAACAUGUUGCAGAUAUUACCCUAGAUGAACUCAAGCGUAUCUGUCGUUAUGGGGGACGAGAAGCUCUUUUAGCAUAUUUGCCUGUGAAAUUUAGUGAUGAAAGAUAUGAAGAACUAAAAGGAGAGAAAUUUUCCGACCAAGAAAUCAGCUCCUGUCUUCUUGGAAAAAUGAGAGAAGACAAAUUAUUCGAUGUAGAACUCGUUGAAUUAACCUAUCGCCUCGUCCUAUCAGACGUGUAUCCCUUUGCCAAAGCACUCAACAUCAGUUACGAAGAGCUAACUCGCUACAAACAUGAACUUGGACCUAAAAUUAUACAACAAGGUACAGGAAAGUUGCUACUCGAGAUGAAACAUGCAGAUGAACUCGUUAGUGGCAUUGACGAGAGACUGAAAAUGGUGAAUGGUUUGAAAGAGGCGGGAUAUCUUGAAGAGGCGAAGGCGAUAGUGUUUGGUGAGUCACGAAUUUUCAUUAACUUGAUUGAGAAUCUCCCCCCCCCCCCGUUCCCUCCAUUCAGCUUAUGA